CCCGCCGCCGCCAGGCGACGUCCGUGCCCUCCAAGGAGCACAGUUCUCGACGCUCGAAGCUCGCCGUAGUCCGCUUACGGCAGUGCUCGACGCGCGAACCUCGCCGUAGUCCGCUUACGGCCGCGCCGACCUCCGCGAGGCAGCCCCAAACCCAGGCUGCCCGUAGAGGCAGCCCUCAGGCUGGCGCACACGGCCGACGGCCACUCGGCCAUCCUGCCCAUGGCCGAGGAGAAGGGCCCCACCGCGCCGCCCGGGCUCAAGAUCGUGGUGGUGGGCCCGACGCAGGGCGGCAAGACCACGGUCUCCAACUACAUCGCGUCGGACGAGGCCGUCGACUUCGAGUACCCUUUUGAAUAUAACGCCACCGUCGGCGUGCGCAUCUUGGAGUGCGAGCGGAAUCUAGGGGGACCGGCGACGCCGGUCGAGGUCUGGGACGUGGGAGGCUCGACGGACUACGAGGGCUGCUGGCCGGCCAUCAUGCACGACGCGCACGGCGUCGUCCUCGUCUACAACCCCGAGCAGGAGGGCCAGGUGAGCGAGUCGGGCGCCUGGUACGAGUACUUCGUCCAGAACAACGACCUGCCCGACGAGGCGUGCGUCGUCUUCGCCUUCGCGCCGAACGCGCAGCGCGGCACGCGCCAGCGCGUCUCGCCCAAGAUCGAGCACCUCAACGUCGUCAACAUCUCGCUCGACGACGGCUCCCUCGUGAAGACGCAGUUCGAGCGCUUCCUCAAGGCGGCCAAGGCCCGCAAGGACUCGGGCGGCGGCGGCGGCGAGGCCAAGGGGGCGGAGUACAAGUGAGUAUCUACUACUAGUAAGCAAAGC